CUCCCCUUCAGCUGCCAUUGUCACUCUUUCCCUGUCUAUCUCUUCAGCAGUCACAGGAGAUAUGGCACCAGAGAGAGUGGCUCUUCUGACAGUAUCUAUCUGGCUGUUUCUUGUGGGUUGUCUCUGUGAUCAGAAUGUCUAUCCGGCAGUAGGCGCUCUCUUUGUACAUGAGCUGAACACUGAGGAUUACCAACAACAGUUCCUUAAUAAAUCUGGUAAUGUCCGUACUCACCCAUUUUCCUUUUAUGCUAAUUUGGAAGGAUUCCCAGACCUGCCACAAUGGUUGCGUUAUACCCAGCGCUCUCCCUGGCACAGUGCUUAUCUGUAUGGAUCCCCGACCAAGCCGGGCAAAGAAGUUAUAGAAGUAACUGUAUAUAACAGGCGCACAUAUGAAAUUUUUCAAGAAAAGAUAAUUUUCUACAUUCGUUCUGCAGCUGAUGUGCCGCACCUGUAUCAGGCUGAAUUCAUGAUUCAGAAUAUGGAUGUGGAAGAGAUGCUUUUGCCAGAGGCCCAGCACAACUUUCAGAUCCCCCUACAGGAUGUUUGGAAUACAGAGAGACUUUCUGUCAUUAACAUAACAUCAGCGCUGGACAAGGGUGGGAGAGUACCACUUCCGCUGCCAGGACAUAAAGAGGGGGUGUUUAUAAAGGUGGGAUCGGUUGUCCCCUUUCCGGAGUGCUUUUAUAAGACCCAGAGUCCAACGAUCCGGCAGCAGUGUCAAGCAGGAUUGAAGCCAGAGUUAUGCAUGAUUCCAGCAGCACUUGACUUCAGCAUAGAUUGGUGCAAUGUAAGCUUGGUAGAUAAAUCAGAACCAUCUCCUACACCAUAUAGCUCUGGGGCUCUUGAAUGGGAAGUCGAGUUUAAUCCUCCUUCUGAUGACUUAGGUGAAACUCAUUACCUCUCGGAUUACUUGCUCACUCUGCUCCUUCCUAUUCUAAUUGCUGUGCUCCUGUGUGUUCUGCUGUCCUAUAUCAUGUGCUGCCGCAGAGAAGGGGUAGAGAAGAGAGAUGCAGAAACAUCAGUAAUCCAGUUAGUUCACCAGCAGUCAAUCUUUUCCAACACGGAAGAGCUUCGGAACAUGGCUUCAAGUAGAGACGUUCCACGACCUCUCUCCACGCUUCCUAUGUUCAAUGUCCGCACAGGACAGAGGACAUCUCCAAUGGAGCUGUCAGGAGAUAGUGCCCGUGUGCCUCUUAUCCUGUCCCAGCAGUAAAUGUACCGCACUUACCUCAUCACUGCUCAACAAGGGAAUGAAACACACGUACCCGGGAAGCAGAUGUCAGGAGGCUGUCUAUGGCACAGGAACACUUCCGGAACAGGAGCAGCUAAUAAUCCUAUUGUAGUGUGUGUGUUGUAACUGCAAUAUACAGUUAUCAGAGCGGCCCAAUAAAUUUAAUGACCUCUCAUGCACACUCAGAAUACACUCAUUAAACUAACCAAUCAUCCAUCUAAACUCUGUACAUAUGAUGCAGAGGUAAAAGAAAAUUGGGUGUACAGCACAUUGCUCAAAAGAUGCGUACACAGAAUAAUGCAUAUACUCACCAAUAUGUCAAGUCUUACACAUCUCAUAAAGCAACUACAACAAGCAUGCAUGUCUGGUGUGCUACAAGUCAUCAUUGUAAUCUGGGUGCACUUGCACAUGCCCUAUAGUAAGUGCCCUUGAGUCCAUGGGGGUCAUUCCGAGUUGUUCGCUCGCAAGUGAAUUUUAGCAGAUUUGCUCAUGCUAAGCCGCCGCCUACUGGGAGUGAAUCUUAGCAUCUUAAAAUUGCGAACGAUGUAUUCGCAAUAUUGCGAUUACACACCUCGUAGCAGUUUCUGAGUAGCUUCAGACUUACUCGGCAUCUGCGAUCAUUUCACUGCUUGUCGUUCCUGGUUUGACGUCACAAACACACCCAGCGUUCGCCCAGACACUCCCCCGUUUCUCCAGCCACUCCUGCGUUUUUUCCGGAAACGGUAGCGUUUUUUCCCACACGCCCAUAAAACGGCCUGUUUCCGCCCAGUAACACCCAUUUCCUGUCAAUCACAUUACGAUCGCCAGAACGAUGAAAAUGCCGUGAGUAAAAUUCCUAAGUGCAUAGCAAAUUUACUUGGCGCAGUCGCAGUGCGGACAUUGCGCAUGUGCAUUAAGCGGAAAAUCGCUGCGAUGCGAAGAUUUUUACCGAGCGAACAACUCGGAAUGACCCCCCAUGUCUGUAUAUUCCGCUUUGCCUACAUAAGAAUGCUCCUUUACAAUCCAGUUCCCCCUCUUGUGCCAUAAAGCCAUAAAGUGUAGAGGGGGAGUGUGAGCAGGGGGAAGCAAUCACAGGCAGCAAUAUCUGGAUUACAACAAUCUCUUGAUUCCAGUUUGUGAUUGUUCCUCCAACUCACUCUCAUCUCCUCCCAGGUUUCAGUCGGGUCUAUAUGAGGAGUAAAAGCGGACACUCCAUGAAAAAUAGCUACACUGAAAAUCCCCCAGCUACAGGUGGGGCAGAUUGUUUUUUUCUUGGUGGUAGUGCAGAUUUAAUAUACCACCAUAUCUAUACUGCCUCUACUGUGGGGUUAUUGGCAAAAAUGAUCCAAACUCAAGGUAGCAACUACAAACCAUCAUGAGAAUGGAAAUACAUUCAUUGUGACCAGCAGCCUUACCAUGGUUCUACUUUUUUCCUCUUCAGAUGUCAUCACUAAACCUAAACCUAAUAGGUGCUAUACCCUUUGACUCCGCAGCUUCUACUUAGGACACUAACUGCAACAUCAAAGGAAAUGGCAUAUUGCCUCCAUACUGGAUAUAUCAUAAAGACAAGAAAUGUCUGGUUGCAUUAGUUCUCCUUCCCCAUUAUAACCAGUUCUUCUUUCUAUCUCACUCUCCACUGACCACUUCACAAUACCUCUCUCUCUCUCUCUUAGUUAUAUGAUUCUCCCCAACCUCUCUUUGUUAUAAUUUUGACCUGUCCAUCAAACUCCUACUUUCUAACCCAUAUAUCUCUCAAUGGGAAGCAGUUAGCUUCCCGACGAAUGGGGGGGACACAAUCCCAGCAUCAGUAUACCGACGCCGACAUCCUGAACGUUCUGACAGCGGGAUGCGCUGCUGUCCUGCCGCAUCGGUGGUUUGGGGAUUAGGUUUAGGCAGCAGAAAGGGGGGUUAGGCUUAGGGUACACGCACAGGAACGUUAGGGUUAGGGACCGGGCCAUACAGGGGGAGGUUAGGGUUAGGCACCUAGCGGAGAGGGUUAGGUUUAUGCAGUGGGGAAGGGAGGAAUAGGCACCUAGCGAGGAGGGUUAGGGUUAGGCACCACUGGGGAAGGUUAGGGUAGGGAAAAGAUGAGGGUUAGGGUGCUAAAUGGGGGGCUGUCGGGAUUAUGAUGGACGGGGUGCCGCUAUCAGUAUACUGACAGCCGGCACCCCGUCCAUCGGUAUAUCAUACAGAACCCCUCUCAAUAUCUAAAAACAUUUCAUAUUUUAACAUCUCAUUCUCUCAUUACAUUUUUCUCUUUAUUUGAUAUGUAACUCUGAACCCCGAUACUCACUUUCGGCAUCCCAGCUGUCGGUGAUCCGGCGCUGGUCUCCCGAGUGGUAUCGGGAUUCCGGCGUCGGUUGCGAAGUAUUAUCCAUUGAUUUUACAAGUUGCAUUAGAAAAUUGGUGUAAAGUACAGUAUAGUAAUACAGUCUGUAUUGGAAAAAAAAAAGUACCUACAGGUAUGUGAAAGGGCAAUGCCUUAUUGCUACUCCUUGUAUGUGUUGCUUUGGGUGUUUAUUAAUAUCUUAUGCAACAUCUAAACCUCACAGUCAGCUAUAGCAACAUUGGCUGCUGCUAGCACAAGAAGGUACAAACUCUGGAAAUGAAAGUAACGUAAUAAAACAACACACUUACUGUAUUUCUAAUGUUGUUAUAAAUUCAGUUAGAUUAAAUUUUAUGCAAUUAAAAAAACAUUGAAACUUCAUUUUUAUCUAAAUACUGGCUUAGUUUUUAGACUUGGCUUUUGCCUUUUGGAAAUAUUAGGAGAUUACCAUAUACUCAUUUUCCUGCUGCAGGAUAUUACAUACAGUAGCUUGCAUAAAGGUGUUACUAUCUGGUUGCACAUCUACUCAACCAUUUCAAGUGUCUUCAAGGAGUUCACUUUAGUAUGAGUGCAAAAUAACAAAGGGCUUUUUUUUUUAAAGAUAAACUAACAAAAUUAAAAACAAAAUAAGAAAGGCUUGUUGUGCAUGUGUGUAAUAGAGAGCGACCGUCUCGCACUUUAUUACAUCCGGACCAGUAUGUCACUAAGCAAGACUGCUACAACACAGACAACAAUCAAAUAGAUGGUAAUAAAUCUUCCAUUUAUUCAUUGUCAAAUCCAACCACUACUGCAUAGUAUAUUUAGUAAAACAUAUUACAACAUAAUAUUUUUGCUGUGUAUUUAAUGUAAUAUUACUACAUGAUUAAUUACAACAGUGAUGCAUGUAUUUCCAUAUUAAUAUAAUACAUUAAGGGGAACAUUUACUAAGCAGUGAUAAGAGCGGAGAAGUGAGCCAGUGGAGAAAUUUCCCCAUCAACCAAUCAGCAGCUCUGUAUCAUUUUACAGUAUGCAAAUUAUAGAUGUUACUUCAGUGCUGAUUGGUUCCCAUGGGCAACUUCUCCACUGGCUCACUUCUCCGCUCUUAUCACCGCUUAGUAAAUGUACCCCAUAGAUAUUAAAUAAUAUCCUUUUGAAAUAUGAUGUCACCCAUUGUUCAUUAAUGUAUGGCUCAGUUUCUUAACUUUUCUUCUACACAGUGACAUUUGUGUAUAGAAUUGAUAAAUGGUACCUACCUGUGCCCUUAAAUGUUUAAUAAACACCAUUGUUGCUGCUCAA